AUGCGAAUCCCCCGUAUGUUCUCGCUGGCGAUCCUGGGUGUCUACCUUCGCGAUAUUUAUGCCGCCACUUUAUCUCAAAGUAGCGGCUGGCUCGCGCGCGAUAAGAGAUACCUGGUGUAUCCGCCGCCCAGAGACUAUACUCCGACGAAAGUUCAGUUAAUCCUCGGCCUCGGUUUACCCAUGGAAGUUGACGUCAGCAUGAUUAUCGGCUACGUGAUGAAAUUUAAUUACGUCCUGCCGUAUAACGCCUCGUACUUGACGGAUCCAUACGUCCGCUAUGACAGAUCGAUCAACCGCCAUGUCGAGCCUGAUGGAAAUGACGCCUCUCCGCCAAAUGCGAAAGGGGCUUUGAUGUCCAGAUGGGAGUAUUACGAAAUCCUCGAGUCGGCCUUCGAGUCUACGCGUUCGGGGAAAGCUUGCCUUUUGAAAACCAUUUGCGAAGCCGCGGCGGUGCCUUUUCGACGGAGCCAUACUCUGACUGCGCAGCUCGCUCAUAUUUUCCUCACGCCUUCCACCACAUCUGAGCCAUUCAGGAACGCCUUCGAUCAAGAAUAUCGUGCCGCUGAGAUCGCAGGUCAACGAGACCCCAGCAGUUGUUACGAUUUAUUUCCGGAGUGCACGGAAAGCCUCUUAGAUUAUUUUACCGAGAUAUUAGAAUAGCCAUGUCAUUCUAGGAGAGGUUCUCAUUGUAGACCUUACGUUGCGCCUUUACGUUUAAUCAAGACCAUUAGGAUUCGUGGACGUCGCGCAGGGAGAUCGUUUUAAUCGCGAUAGUAGAAUCGGCAGAUUUUUUUUCUCUGACGUUGUACGAGAAAAUAUUAUUUGCCGCGGUAUAUUUUAAAACAAAAUAUAUUUUGACGUUUACGGUGUAGUAAAUAAUGAUCGACUAAGUCAUUAACGAUUGAGUUAUAAUCGAGAUAAUUUUAUCUAUAAUCUAAAUUUUGAAAAGUCUCAACACAAAUUAUUGAACUCUUAAUUUUGGCCAAUUCAAUUUCUAAUUGCGACUAAUUUGUAUUAGGCAAUUACAUGCCUUGUACCGGAAUAUUUGGAUAUAAUUUCUGUACGUUUGACAAAACACGCCACACAAUAGAAGCGAAAUCGAGCAGAUUUUGAGACACAAACGAUGUAUCCUUUUUAAUAACAGCUCCGUUUCACCGCGUCGUGAUUAGUGGCCGGUUUUCUUGGCCGCUAUAAAUUUCGAGCAGACCAU